AUGAGAGAAACCGAAGGCCAACAAAUUGGGAGCCCUUUACCCCAGGACCAGGCUGUUCUUGAUUCUUCUGUACCUUUAUCAGGUGCUCCACUUAAGCACAAUGUUUCUAUUAUUUCUCCAAAUCCAACCAUUGAAAUCAGGCCUUGUUCACCAUCUGUUGGUAGAGUGACAAAGAUAUUACUUGAUAUCAACAAUCAGAAUGCUGGAGAAUCAGAUCUUCUCACACCCCAGAAGAAGCUGCUGAAUUCAAUUGACACGGUCGAGAAAGUGGUGAUGGAGGAACUGCGUGAGACAUUCGGUUCACGAACCCAAGACUUAUCUCCACAACAAACUCCUCAAUUGGACAUCGCUACCGGGAUCAUUGAGGCUCGUGAAGAUGGCUUCCCAGUGAUGUUAACUUCAGCUCGAAGAUCUUAG